UUCCAGUCGGAGAGCAGAGGCAAGGUGGAGGAAGAAGCCGCAGGACGGGGCCACCGCGACAUCCUGGACAACCUAUCCGGGUGAUGUGUCUGAUCCGCCGGCCUGUGUGCUGAGGGAGACACCGCAGAGCUCAAUCUGAAGACCUGAGAUCUCAUCAGCACAGAUAAAAGAUUUACGUGAAAAGCAAGAGGAAGGAUGGUGACUUUGGAAACCCCAGAAGCUCCUGUACCUCUGACCGCGCUGUCACGCUGGUACCUCUACGCCAUCCAUGGCUACUUCUGCGAGGUCAUGUUCACAGCCGCCUGGGAGUUUGUGGUCAACUGCAACUGGAAAUUCCCCGGUGUGACCAGCGUGUGGGCGCUCUUCAUCUACGGCACCUGCAUCCUCAUCGUGGAACAGAUGUACCUGAAGCUGCGCGGCCGCUGCCCGGUGUUGUUGCGCUGCAUCAUCUACACUUUAUGGACGUACCUGUGGGAGUUUGGCACGGGGCUGCUGCUGAGCCAGUUCAACGCCUGCCCCUGGGACUACUCCGAGUUCCGCUACAACUUCAAGGGACUGAUCACGGCCGAGUACGCCGUGCCGUGGUUCUGCGCAUCCUUCAUUGUGGAGCGCUUGGUCAUCCGCAACACUCUGCGGCUGCGCUUCCACGAGGGGCCCGAGGACGGUUGGUCAAACCAUUGGUCGGAUGCCGGCGGCGGAGUAGGGGCUGGUGUGAGGGGGAGAGAGAGGAGCAGAGGGAUGGGAAAUGAUGCUAACGGCUACCUAAAGGGAGAAUGAAUAAAAAGGAAGGACACAAUCUGAAACCAGCCCAAUCGCCCUGCUACACCUCUUCUACCCUCCUCAGCCACUUUUCAUAAGCAGUCCUCCCCCUUUAACUCUAUGGGGGAAGAAAACAGACAGCUCUGUAGACUGGGCUGGUGUGCAGAGGUGUACAGAGUAUCAGAACAGCCAGAAAAACAAAAACCUAACUGGGACUUCAAAUGCCCAGAAUCACUCACUGUGCUCUCUACUGUCAACAGAGGCACAAUAACUCCAUGCUGCUGUGUUUGCUGCAUCUCAUAACGUACCCACCCAUUUCCAUGUGGGAUUGACCUUAAGGAGAUCAGGAUAUCUCCUCUCCCAGAGACUGCAAAGAACUCGGGAUUAAAAAAAAAUAAUAAUAAAAAAUACUGUUGCGAAAAUUAGUGUUAUCAUCUUGCGAAGGAACAAAUUCAAGAACAAUAUUUCUGUUCUUCAGGGUAACAUCAGUCUAUCUGAGAGCAGAAUGCUUGCUGCAUAGAAGUCAUAAUAAAAAGUAGCUACAGCUGUAACAUGUUCUUUUUAAAAUGUACAUAUUGUCCUUUAGUAUUACUCAAAGUACUGUAGUAAUGUAGCCACAAAAAGCUCUUUAAGAACAUACCGACCACCCUGAGGCAAUGCUCCGUGUGUCAGCCUACAUCAUAACGAAUGUUUUACUGCAGUUAGUGAAUACCCACAAUGCCUGGAAAAAAAUGCAUGAAAAAAGUUGUCUUCCAAUAUAAUAUACAUUUUUACAGAGCUCACUCAGCAGUCAUACUGUACGUCUGUUGAGUCAGUCUGCUGCUCGUGUGUGUGUGAAGGGGACAGUAGCUCAGGCAGCAGAGCCGGUCGACUUGUUAUCACGGUUGAUUCCCCCGGUUUUCUCCUCCUGACGGCAUGCGGAAGUGUCCUUGAGCAAGACACCGAACCCCCCUAAAACUGCUCCUGGUGAGCAGGUCAUGGCCUUGCAUGGCUGCUUUCCCCCGCCAUCGCUGUAUGAAUGAGUGUGCGUGUGCGUAGGCUAAUGUGAGACGCUAAAUAAAUGAAGUCUAUUUACAAUAAUAGCAGGGGUGCUUUUCUGUUGGAAAUGAUUAUGAGUCAUGAGCAGGAGCAUAAAGCACCAAACCUCUUGAAAAAUUUCCUUUUUACCGUUUUUCAGAAAACCUUCUCAUGACUCACUGUGUGCAUGUCCAUUUUUUUGUGUUUAAUGUCGUCUCAGAUCUGCCAGGGUCGCAUGAGCCUCAUUUCUUGAUUCUCAUUCAGUGGAAAUCAGUAGCAACUCCUGUCAAGUCAUACAGUUUACCUGGGAGACCAUGGCUGCUGCUGCACGAUCAAAAGCGUGUAGGGAUGUAACGAUACACUCAACUCACGAUUCGAUGCGAUUCACGAUAUGAUUUUGACUGAAAAAGAUUCCUUUAUUUCUCAGAUAAAAUCUACAAAAUGUAUUUUCUACUAUAUUUUCUUUAUCAAAUGAUAGAAUCCUUUAUUUCUGAGGUAUAAACUGUGCAAAACAAUGCAUAUUUCAUUUCAUUUUUCAACCUUUUUGAAUCUUCACAUAUUCGUAUUGUGGUUUAACUGUCUUGCAGUGUAUCUUUACAUCCCUCAAAAAAAAAGUGUCUGUUGAAUACUGCUGAAUAUCCUGUUAGUUUUUGAGUGACACAGAACAAGAAGCAACUGCAAAAGUGUCAAAUUCACUAGUUUUGUCACUUCAGAGCGCGUCACCAGGUUUUCGCACCAUCUUUCUUAUUUACACUACGGUUCAUUUGACGAGUGUGUGCAGUGAAGAGCAGGAAAUAUGCAGCAGAUUAUGGUGAUUAAUUUAUUAAUCAGCAUCAGAAUUUGCUGCUCAUUUCUUUUCAACAUUAAUGAUCUGUGGUGUUGCACCGGACUGCAGAAGUAGGAUGAUUUAUAGUACACAUAAUCCACAUUUACCUAUAAUAUAAACAGGUCUAAAAUGCUCAAAAACUAACAAAUUAUAACAGUUCAGGUAGUAUUAGAUUAACUGUAACUAGAUUUUUUAAUGGUCUUAAUGUCACAGCACUCGUGUCUUACAUGAGGAAGCAGGUGGAAACACAAAAUAAUGCUCUGUUCCUCCGGUGUUGUUACUCUCCACGUGGAUCAUCUGCUCUGGAAGUAGAAAGAUCAAGGACUGCACUCUCACCUUCACGCAUACAGGAGCUGACAGUAAUGUUUUCAGCCUGAGUCGGUGGAACUGGUGCUACUGCGUUAAGCAUAAAACAGGUCGGACACUUUCCCUGUUUACAGUGAUUCCAAGAUACCAGGGGAUUGAUGUGAAAUGGAAACCUGAGCGCUGGAAAAGUAUUCCUCAGGAGGACCAUUUAUGUUGUAGACUCAGUCACAAUGCUUGUGCUGACAGUGGUUGGACUCAGCUUUUCCCCAUUUUAACUGAAAAAAAAAAUAGAAGCAAAAAACAGAUUCAAAUCCAUGUUUUCACGACACUACUGGACUACGUAGGAGGUGUGACCUUCAUCAGUGUGGCUGCAGUGGCAUGCAGUGUUUUCCCCCCUUACUGACUGUCUCCCUGGAGUCCGCAGGGUGAAUGGCAGGAGGCUGUUCCACAUGACGCAUAACUUGCUGCCACCUAGUGGAUAAAUUGGAAAACUGCAGAACUGGAACACAAACGUUUUACUAAGCUCGGACAAGAAAUAAAAACACAUCAAGAAUUCCUUUAUUGGGAUAAAAAAAGGAAAAAACAGAAGGAUAUAUCUGGGGUUUUUUUUAUUUGAAUUUCAUUUUUGGUAUGUUUUAAUUUAAUAACAUGAAUCAACAGGCUUAAAAAGCAAUACAGGCUUCUGACCCAGCAAUGAUUAUCUAGCUCAAGGCCGUCACCUUUUUCUCUUAAAAAAUCUACUAAACUACAUUUUGAGAACUGGUAUGCAGCUAAUAGUUUUACCCAAUUCUACUGCUUUUGAUGAGACAAAUCACAAGAACAUGCAAAAUUAAUGUGUGUGUGUGUGUGUGUAUUUGUUUCUCUGCAAUAUGUGAGAGAAGGAGUAUUGGGUGAGUGUGUAUAGUGUGUUUUACAGAGACCCCUUCUCUGUAUGUGUAUGUGCAUGUAAAGUAUGUUCAAACAGAACUGAUUCUCUGGUAUUUUUACCUUGAGGCUGCAUGUCCAAACUUUUCAAUUUCUCCUCCAAACCGAUUUUAUCCAAGUGAUUAUUAGCCCCAUGUACUGUAAUCGUUGCUUAUUUUUUCAUUCAAAUGUACAAGUUUUUAGUGAAAAUGGCUGUACUGUAUAUCACUGAUUAUGUUCCAUGUAUGAUUUAUCA